GUACUUCUAGGGCAGAAGGGCUGAUUCCUUAUCUGUAGCCGAAUUGGCCGGUGCUGCACCUGCACUUAGAAGUGGGACUUAGUGGUUCUGGUGGAAUCGCCUCCUCACUCAGAUCCUACGCAGUGUCUCUCUGCCUUUGUCCGGCUCUCACUCUCUUCUUCAGCGCCGCGCGACGCUACGCAGGCUUCGGCGCUACAACUCUCUCUCUCUCUCUCUCGGCUACGGCACUGUCUGUCUCCGGAAAAAUGCAAGGAGCUCUUCAGUCCUUUUUAUCACAUGGAAACAUCGUAAAAAAUUCAGUUUUGCAACACUUUCGUCUGAUGAAUCCCCUGAUGCGGCCUGUUUUCUUUUCACGCUUCGAGUCAGUUACAUCUGCCCGAAUGGAAGAGCAUGGUUUUGAAAGCACUACGAUUGCGGAUGUCUUGAAAGCAAAAGGUAAAAGUGCUGAUGGCUCUUGGCUUUGGUGCACUAUGGAUGACACAGUUUACGAUGCGGUUAAGUCGAUGACACAUCACAAUGUUGGUGCCUUGGUGGUGGUGAAACCUGGAGAGCAGAAAUCAAUUGCAGGAAUCAUAACUGAAAGGGAUUACCUAAGGAAAAUCAUAGUACAGGGAAGAUCAUCCAAGUCAACCAAGGUUGGGGAUAUCAUGACUGAAGAGAACAAGCUUAUCACAGUCACACCUGACACAAAAGUUCUGCGGGCAAUGCAACUGAUGACAGAUAACCGAAUCAGGCACAUCCCUAUCAUUGAUGAAAAGGGGAUGAUAGGCAUGGUGUCCAUAGGAGAUGUGGUCCGCGCUGUAGUGAGUGAGCAUCGGGAGGAGCUAGACCGCUUGAAUGCUUAUAUUCAAGGAGGUUACUAGAUGAUGAUGAUAAUGGUGAUAACGCUCUCGCGUUGGCUUUGUCAAAUGUUUCCUGCUCCUUGAGCACUAAUAAACUUUUGAGUACCUUUGUAAAUAUGGUGUGCUCUGUGCAAUUUCUGUUUUCUGGUUCUUUAUCUUUCAGAUGUGGAUGUACGGAUACCAAAGACCAGCAUAAGGUCUACAAGCUAAUAACAAGCACUGGGAUGUUGCUUGAAA